AGGGCAAAGCAGAAAACGUUUUAAACCGAGACAUACUCUGUAGAACAACACAUGGGCAAAUUCCGCACAGAGUAACAGAUUACUCCACACAGCAUAAACAUCUCUUCACGUUCACGAGUAGCCAACUUUAGAGCAAGCCUCCUGACGCGCAUCAUAGGAUGUUAAUAUAUAAAAAAGCAGGCAUCAGAGGUGCAUGGAUAUGGUGGUUCGUAUGCACCCUUCUCUCACUUCAUGGAGUGAUAUCCGAAACCAGUAGAGCACUGGAUAUAAUGACAAAAUAUCCACUGAUUGAUGGACACAAUGACCUGGCAUUACGUCUGAGAAUGCACCAUAAUAACAAACUGAGCACUUUCAAUAUGCACCACAAUCCUAGGGUGGCUACAGAUAUUAGUCGCCUCACUGCUGGCCAUGUUGGAGGACAGGUUUUUGCGGCGUACGUGUUGUGCACAGCUCAGGACAAAGAUGCUGUCAGACUGACCUUGGAACAGAUUGAUGUAAUUCGUCGUAUGUGUACUGAAAACCCAGAGAUGGAACUGGUCACCACAGCUGAAGGAAUGAGGACUAGUACAAAAAUCGCAUGUCUAAUCAGUAUAGAGGGAGGUCACUCCAUCGACAGCAGUUUAGCAGCACUACGCAUGUUCUACCAGCUUGGAGUAAGAUCCAUGGCCCUCACACACAACUGCAACACCCCAUGGGCUGAGAGCUCAUCAAGUUAUUACACAUAUUACCAGCAGAAGAAUAACAGCCUGACAGAUUUUGGCAAGGCAGUGGUGAAUGAGAUGAACAGGUUGGGAAUGCUGGUUGAUCUGUCCCAUAGCUCAUGGGAGACAACCAGAGCUGUGCUGAAACAUUCUACUGUUCCGGUUAUUUUCAGCCACUCUUCAGCCUAUGCUAUCUGUAACAAUAUUCGCAAUGUACCUGACGAGCAGCUGCUGCUGCUGAAGGAAAAUGGCGGGCUUAUCAUGGUGAACUUCUACAGCAGUUUUGUAGCAUGUUCAAAUAACGCAAACGUUUCUGUUGUGGCUGAUCAUUUUGAUCAUCUAAAGCAGGUGAUUGGAGCUGAAAGCAUCGGGAUUGGAGCAGACUUUGAUGGGGCACAAGGAUUCCCUAAAGGCCUGGAGGACGUAUCCAAAUAUCCAGCACUAAUUGAGGAGCUGAUAUCAAGGAACUGGACUGAGGAAGAGCUGGCGGGAGUGCUAAGACUGAACUUCCUCAGAGUGUUCCGAAAGGUUGAGAAGGUCAGGAAAUUCAUUCUUGUGUCCAGUUCCCAGUUCAAUGAGGUCAGUUAAGAUAUGUAUAAAUCUUGGCCUCUUUAGGGCCAGUAUAAAUAUACACCCACCCUUGCAAUUGACAUUAGUAAACAUAACAUAGCAAACAUAUACUUAACGUACAUGAUAUGACAGGUUUCAACCACUGACCACUGGUCACUUUGCUCACAGUCAGCACCUGUGAUUCUCAUUUUGGUUUUCUGUAAAUAUCCCAUCUCUUUGACUAUUCUUUGUUUUUGGCAUUGGAUAACUCCAUAAGACAUCCCAGCUGAAAUGUUGUCUGAACUUUCUCACACACAUUCUUACAUUAUCUUGUUCCUCAGCUUCUUCCUUUCUUGUACUACAAUGGUGAUCUUUACAGCCAGAUGGAAAUUCCUUCCAGUUCCUUUCAUUUUCCUCGAAAAAAACUUUUGCUCUUUGCUUUCAGUGAUCCCCAUUAAUUUAUCUGAUCACAUUACAGCCACUAUCUUCCACCCUCAGCUAACCCUCUUCUUUUAAAUUACAGUUGUUAUUGCAACAUCCACUUCAAAAAGCACCUCUACCUUACGUCUCAAAUCUCCAAACAGACCAGAGAAAGUGUAUCUGUUACAUCAGGGCUGCCAACUCUCACGCAUUUGGCACUGUUCUCACGCCACACUUUCAAAAACAUUGGGAGUAAAGAGAACACUGAGAGUGUGCUGACUGGUGAGAGAGAGUAGGCAGCACUGUGAGACAGGGAGUUAUUCAGACCAAUCGGGGAAAAUAUAUAACUUAAUUGUAAUUUAUUUCCAUGCAUGCUGAAUAUUGUGUGAACGCAGGCAGGUCAGUGAGUUACGAUUACGCUCUGUGUCUUAACUGAGUUCAGGUUAGUAAUAAUAUAGGUAACUAAUAUAUUCUGUAUCCUACAUAGAAAUAAGCUAGUAUUAGCAAAGUUUAUUUUUUUGCACCAUUGCAGCAGUUAUUUUGUCAUUUUAUGAUACAAACAGUACCAGUCCUCAGACAAAGUAGCACCACUGUCAGACAAAACUCUGCUGACAGGUUUUGUGUUUUUUUUAAGAAUCCCCCCCUACUGGAUUUCUUACUCUAAGCUGAAAUGAGUUAGCAGCCCUGAUAUACAUAUAGUAUACAUAUAUAUGACACCUUACCAUCCAGUUCUUGAUAAUGUAUGAUAAGAUUCCUCCUUAUCCAAAUGUCAUUGCACUGGUUCAGCACAUUUAAUCGGAUGAGAU